AUGCCGCUGCAUCUGUCGGGUUGCCUCUGGCCACUGCACCGCCACAGGCGUCAACAGCAGCAGCAGCAGCAAAAUGAGCAGCAGCAGCAGCAGGAGCCCCAGGAUCCGGGGCAGCAGCAGCAGCUGCAGCUGGUUGAAGCGGUAAGCCUGCAUCCAACUGAUGCUCUGGUGGAUUCGGAAGCAGCACAUCAGCAGCAGCAGCGGACGCGGACGGAGCAGCAGCAGCAGCAGCCCCUGGCACACACGAAGAACAUUCUGAGCAGCAGCAGCAGCAGCUUGCCGCCUGCAGAAGUCGCAGCAGCAGUAGCAGCAGCAACAGCAGCAAAAGAGUCCUCUGCGCAGCCGCUUGCUACUGCAACGCUGACUCGUGCUGCUACGCAGCGUUCUGCUUCCCCGCAGUGUAGGGAGUCGCCGACAGCAGCAGUAGCUUCGGCAGCAGGCCCGGCAUCAGCGCCGGCAGCAGCAGCAGCAGCAGCGAGCCCAGCGCUCGCAGCAGCAGCAGCAAACUUGAACCGAGAAGGCAGCUUGUGCCUCUCGCUGCAUGCACAAGGCUCGGAAUCUUUUUGUGUUUCUCCUCACUUUCAAAUUUAUUUGUGGGGUUUGAACGACUGCGGGCAGCUGCUGUCCGUUGCUGCAGGGCGGGAGCCGAAGGAAGCAGAAGCAGCAGCGAAGAAGCCGGAGGCCGACGCAGCAGCAGCAGCAGCAGCAGCAGCGGGGGGGUGCCCCCCGAGACUUAUUUCUAAACUGGAAAACAAAACCAUCUGUGGCUGCUGCUUGGGACUCGACCGCACUUGGCUGUGGGACGGAAGACAGAGUGUGUGGGGUGGGGGUUUGAAUGAGUUCGGGUGUAUAGACAUCGACGGCGACAAGUACAUCAAGAGGCCGCGACUUUGCGAAGGCAUUCGAGGCGCUGUUUCCGUUGCUGCUGCUGCUUGCCACACCAUUGCGCAAGUGAGGCUUCGGCAGGCAGCCUGUGGUUCCGGCUAUUCGCUGCUGCUCUCAGACACAGGAAUGCUGCUGGGCUGUGGGCUGUCGCCUUUUGGCUGCCUGGGGAUGGGCACUGAGCGAGCGCAGCAAGUGGAGCCGUUGCUCCGUCCUGUCAGCGCUCUCUUUGGCUUACCAAUAAAGCAGGUGGCGGCUAGCGACGAGCACGUCCUGGCGCUGAGCAUCAGCGGCGAGGUCUUCUCUUGGGGUUCGAACAAGUGGGGUCGUUUGGGUCUUGGCGAGGCCUAUGACGAAGUAAAACAAGUCUCCACCCCACAACUUGUGCGGCUCUCUCUGCGCGCCCGCGCAGUCUUCGCCAGCGCCAGUCACUCCGGGCUGCUAGUGUCUGGGGGGUUAUUAUAUUUGUGUGGCAGCAACAGUUACGGGGAGUUGGGGUUCCCUGUGGGAUGCGAUCCCGCCUCCCGAUCCCGCCUCCCCCGGGACAGCACGCAGAGCCCCCCCGUUUCCUGGAGCUCCCGCUUUCUUCUAGUUCGCUCUUUGCAAAACCACAAAAUCAAACUCGCGGCUCUUGGCACGCAUUUCUCCAUGGCCCUCACCCGAACAGGCCGCGUCUUCACUUGGGGACUAAACAAUUUGAACCAACUGGGUGUCUCUCCGGACACGAAUUUCUCGCUAUCUCCUUUUCUGGGGGAGGAGGGGCCCCCCCCGAGGCCGUACACGUAUGAGCCGCAGCCGCUGUGGCUGCCUCCUGGGGGCCCCCCGAUGCAGCAGCUGUACUUUUAUUUGAUUGCUGCGGGUCCCUUCACAGCUUUUGCUGCUGCUGUGGAGACGCCACAGACGGACUCCGACCCCACAAAAGAAAGAGAUAGAGACAGAGCCCCUUCGCCAGCCAUAGAGCAGCUUUGCAAGAAAGUGUUGUGUCGUUCGCGUUCUUCAGUAGGUUGGGAGCAGCGGAAGCUGUCUGCUUCCUUUUCUUUGUCUCCCCAGCCGCCCUCUCCCGCUGCUGCCACUGCAGCAGCCGGUGCUGCUGCUGCGCAGCUGCCGCUGCAGCGGCUGCUCACGCUCAGCCGCGGGGAUAGCAGCGUGGUGGGCUUCGAGGGCCCGGGGGGCCCCCUCGGGGCUGCGGACCGGUCUUUGUCUCGACAAGAAAGCUGCAGCGUGGACCUUUCUCUUUUUUGCAUGUCGGGGCUUUCCGUAGAAGAGGCCCUGGGGUACAUUGAGGGGGCCCGCAGCACGGGCGAUAGCAGCCAGCUGAAGACAGUCAUUUCGAGGGUUUUCAGUGAUGUCUUUCGUCUCAAUUCUUCUUUUGUCUAUCCUGGCCACGGCAGUCUCCCGGACUUUGAGGGAAUUGCUGCAGUCUACAAGCAGCUUCCGCAGCAGCUGCUGCCCCUGGUUUGCCACUGCUUCUCAAAUGUAAUUACCAACAGCAUCAAAAUGGCACAGCACCUCAAGAGGCCCGACCAAGUCAAGUUCAUUCUGCUCAUACUUGCAUGCACGCCUGUCUACGCCAGCUUUAGCGAGGGCUCCAAGGGGGGCCCCCAGGGGGACCCCCAAAAGGGCACGCAAGAAGGAUCCGACGUGGCCCCCCGCGGGAAUGAUGAGCCUGAAGCCAUGGCUUCAGACACGGCCGGCAACCAGCAGCAGCAGCAGCAGCAAGAGCAGCAGCAGCUGAAGCAGCGGGGAGAGAUGCUGUACACCGCAGUGCUGCACCUGCUGUUUCAUUUGCCGGCGGAUGGAAAGAAAAGCUUUUUGAGGCUUGCGAUGGAAUUCCCGGACUCAUUGUUUGAGACGGCUCUGGUCGCCCCUGCCUGCGGCUUUCUGUCUUUGUCGCUCUCGGCCUCUGGUUCUCGCUACCGCAUUGUGGAUCGCGUGUGGCACUGCGUGGCUUUGCUGCAGCUGCUGUAUCGGGCCAACUGCAGCAGCAACCGCCGCGUGCUGCUGCAGGGAGCAGCAGACACCAAGAUUCCCAUCGAUAAGUUCCAAGUCAAAGAAAUAGGCACCCUGGUAGACCCUAUUAAGGAAGUCGGAGCUUAUGUAGAGAUGGCCCCUAGAGCGACUCAGGACAAAACACAAAGGCAAAUUGCAGUGCGUUUGUUCGACUUGGAGCGGGACGUCAUAGGGAGUUGCGAGUUGCAGUCGCGGUGGUCUCUGUUCAUUGCCCAUUUAAAUCUCUGUCCUCUUUCCUUUAAGAGGAAUGUACUGUUAGUAGACAACGUCUAUCGCCAGCACCACACCUCCCUUCAGUCCUUACUGGACACGAAGCUCCCCUUCUUGAUUCUGAGGGUCCGGCGCAGUCACCUAAUUGAAGAUGCAUGCAAGCUCCUUGGAUCGAACGAUCCCAGGGACCUCCUGAGGCCCCUCAAGGUCAUAUUUGAGGGGGAGGAGGGAGUCGAUGAAGGAGGGCUACGGAGGGAAUUCUUUUCGCUGUUAACUCGGGAGUUGUUCUCUGCUUCUCGCGGCCUCUUCACGUACCACUCGGGUGUACGUACACUGUGGUUUAAGCAGCAAGAAGAGCCACUAGACUCUCAGGACAAACGAGAAGAUGCUUCUACAGCAGCAGCAGCAGACUCAGAGCCAGCUGCAGCGAAGCCCGCUGCUGCAGCUGCAGCAGAUUCCGCCACUUCUGCAGCAGAAGGAUCUCCUAAGCCCGAAGAAAAGGCAGCAGGCGCCCCUGCGUCAUCGGACCAGGACAGCAGCAGCAACAACAGGAGCGAGUUAAUUCCUGAAGGCAAGGCCAAGGAGUAUUGGCUUACGGGUCUACUUGCAUCUAUGGCGGUCUAUAACGACAUCCUGAUGCCACUGAGUCUGCCCAUUGUUGUGUACAAGCAACUCCAAGGGGAGGACGUGGCACUAGAAGAUCUGGGCGACGUGUUCCCCGACGAACUGAACAGCUUCGAGAAGCUGCUGGAAAUCGACAACGAGGCAGAUUUCAAUAACGCAUUUGAAGGCAUGGCCUUUUGCGUUGACGUGGAGCAAGGGGAUGGGCGACGCGUGCAGGUGCCGCUCAAGCCCGAUGGAGCGUCGAUUCCAUUAACCAUCAAAAACAGAAAUGAAUUCGUCAAUUUGUAUGCCAAGUACUUGUUGGUGGACUCUGUAAAGUCACAGUUUUCAUAUUUCAAAAAGGGUUUUCAGCUGAUUGCAUCACCGCUCCUCUCCAGCCUCACUGGUCCCGAGCUGCAGCUCCUCCUCUGCGGUACACCAGAGCUCAACUUCGAGGACCUGAAGGCCUCUUGCAGGUACGAGGGCUACUCUCCGGACUCUCCUUACAUAAAGUCACUGUGGGAUAUUCUCUUCUCUUUCGACACUUUUCAAAAGCAAAACUUUCUCAAAUUUGUUUCAGGCAGCGAACGGUCGCCUGCGUUCGGUCUAUCUGAGCUGAGAAUGACAAUUCAGAAAAACGGCGGAGAACCCACAGAGCGUCUUCCGACCUCGUUUACAUGUUUUUGUACGUUUCUUCUUCCCGAGUAUGGGACCAAGGAGAAGCUGGAGAGACUAUUAACCAUUGCUAUUGAAGCUUCGGAGGGCUUCGGGCUGCAGUGA